AUGUCCCACUCAGGUGAGUCCAGAUCCAAAUCCCAAAAAAGUAAGUCCACCCCCUCCUCCCAGCGCACCAUCAACAACAACAAAUCUUCAUCCAAACCGUCCACCUCCUGCUCAGACCGCCGCCCCGCCGUCUCCGACCCCAAACCCAAGAAAGUAAUCGUCCGCCAAGCCUCGCCGAAAUCCGAGCAGGCGAAGCUCGCGGGCGUGCUGUAUGAUCCCAAAAUAGGAGAGGGCGAGAGGCGACGGAAGACGGCGAAGGAGUUGGAGCCGGAUUUUGCGGAGGAUAUUUUGAGGGAGAUGAGGGCGAGUAAGGAGCGGAGGAAUGUGGGGAGUAAGUACCCUAGUAGUAGUGAUGAGGAGGAAGGGGGAAGUGCUUAG